AAGCAAUCCAGCACGAAAACAAGCACCGUGUGCCGUUGGCUUAACCUAUCCCUAUCCUGUCCUUUGACAUUCCUCGUGUUUAAAAUUAAGCUAUUCAACACCUUUUGCUUACGUCAACAAUAAUUAAACAUUUAAAAUCUUUCAUCAGCAGAAAUGGCUGAGGCUAUGCGUCAAACCGUUGCUGGUAUGCUCAAAGGCAUCGAAAGGUACAAUCCGGAUAACCUCUCAACUCUGGAGAAGUAUGUAGAGAUACAAUCAAGGGAGAAUGCAUAUGACUUAGAAGCAAAUUUAGCUGUUCUAAAGCUUUACCAAUUGAACCCGCAUCGGUUUAACAUGGAUAUAACUUGUCAGAUAUUGUUAAAAGCUUUAACUAAUCUUCCACACACAGACUUUGUAUUGUGUAAAUGCUUGCUCAGUGAGAAACUUAUGUCAGAAAGUCCUAUCGAUCAAAUUAUGUACUUGGGAGAUAUUUUGGAACGGUGUGAAUUCCAGCAUUUUUGGGAUAGAGUAUUGUCCAUGUCGGAACUUUGUGAUAGGAUUGUAGGUUUCCAGGAUUCUAUACGAAAAUUUGUGUGUCAUGUGGUUGGAAUCACAUUUCAAACAAUAGACAAAAGUCUCUUGGCACAGCUACUUGGUGGUGUAGAUGAUGCAACAUUGAAACAUUGGGUAAAGAAAUAUGGUUGGAAAGAGGAAAGUAAAACAAUCAUCUUUAUCGCGAAUCAAGAUGAAAACAUCAAGACCAAGAAUAUUACUGAAAAAAUUGAUUUUGAAAAUGUAGCAGGUUUGAUGGCCGCUUGUUUGUGAAUAUAUACCGACGAUUGUUUUCUAAUAAAUUAAGUGUAUGGAUUAUUCAGGUUCAUCAACAGAUUCAAAAUA